AUGAGUCUUCUGAGGUGGCGAGCGUCCCUCUCGCUUCUGCUGCUGCUGGGCGGCUGCCUCCUCGCGGCCGCCGGGAGAAAGCAGGAGGCGGCCGGCGUCGCGGCCGAACCGGCUUCGGGCUCCGCAGGCGGCUCCUCCGGCCGCUUUGUCAGCCCCGAGCGGCACACGUGCAGCUGGCAGCUCCUGCCGCCCGCCCCAGGGCCCGAAGCCGGUAGCGAGCUGGCGCUGCGCUGCCAAAGCCCGGACGGGGCGCGCCAUCAGUGCGCCUACCGCGGAGAGCCGGGGCGCUGCGCCGUUUACGCCGCCCGCCGAUCGCACUACUGGAAGCAGGUGCUGGGCGGGCUGCGCAGGAAGCGGCGGCCCUGCCACGACCCCGCGCCGCUCAAGGCCCGUCUGUGCGCCGGCAAGAAGGGCCGUGGCGCGGAGCUGCGCCUGGUGCCCCAGGCAUUCCCAGUCGUCAGCCCCAAGGCGGCGGCGGGCUUCACCCGGGAUCCCAAGCCCCGGGCCAGGAGCCGGGGGCAGCCCCGAGAGCCCGCGCUCGGCCCCGCGGCAGGGGCCCCGCCUCCCCCGAGCGCGCCGCCCAAAGGGAAGCCCUCUGAGCAGAAGCCCAAAGGGGGCAAGAGGAAGGCGGCCUGGGACCCAGAUGAGGAGCGACCACUGGGGACCGGGCCUGAUCCCGACGGGCUGGACGAGAACGCGAAGCUCACGGACACCUACUGUGCUGAGAAGUGGCACUCUCUCUGCAACUUCUUUGUCAGUUUCUGGAAUGGCUGA